UAUCCUUGUACCCAGUGCGAACUCGCUGCUACUACAGCAAGUGCUCUAAAGAACCAUAAUAAGACUAAACAUAAUGAAAAAGAAAUCCUUGUGCUCAGUGUGAACAUUCUACCAAUACAGCAAGUAAUCUAAGUAAGCAUAUCAAAAGUGACCAUGAAGGAGUAAGAUAUCUAUGUGACAAAUGUGAUUAUUCUGCCACUGAACUCCUGAAGAAUUAUAUUAAAAAUAAACAUGAGGGAGCAAGAUAUUUAUGUGACGAGUGUAUUUAUGAUUUUUCUAAACUCUGAAGUACAACAUUAACAUUAUAUUGGCGUUCAGUUUGUGGAAGGUUUAAAUCUUCAAGAAUUAUUAAAACGUAUUCUAACCUUACAUUGCCACCAUAGCUAGCUUGAUAAAAGCAAACAUGGACUUAGUAUGCAAGUUGCAUAAGGCUAUUUUAUAAAUAAUGUUCAUGGACACAAAUUUCCUGUAAUUUAUGUAGUCAUCAACAUUUUUGUGCAUGACAGUAUUAAUAUUUCAAAUUGGAGAGAUCAAGUUCCAAAUAUUUCAUAGAGUUACUUUAGAGAAGACUUUUUUCUUUUUCAGAUAGAAUGGCAGAAGAAUCAACUAUGGAAGAAAAAGAGAUAAAAGAAAACCAAGUUUUUGUCAAGCAAGAGAUUUGUCCAGCUUCUAGUUUAAAAUAUUCUUGGGAUGUGCUAGAGGAAGAUGGUAGGAUAAAUGAUGGAAUUGCUGAAAAUAUGAGUCACGAAAUAAUAUUGGAAGAGUUUGAGAUGAAAGAAGAAACUCUUCCAGGUUUUACUGUAGAAGAUACUUGUACAGUUUAUGUGCAAGGGGAAAGAAUAGAAAGAGAAAGUACGGAUAAUCAAAAUGUAAGCCUGAAUAUCAAAGAAGAUCUUCUUUUCAAAGAACCUAUAAGCCUCAAGAAGACCAAACAUAAAGGAUUGAGAUAUCCUUGUGAUGACUGUAAUUAUGUGGCAAACAAAGCUUCAAAUCUCAAGAGACAUAUUAGCCGUAAACUUGAAGGAGUGAAAUAUCCCUGUGAUCAGUGUGAAUACGCUGCACCUAGUACUUCUUGUCUAAAAAGGCAUACUGAAAAUAUACAUGAAGGCUUCUGUAGAUAUCCAUGUGAUCAGUGUGAAUACGCUGCACCUACUACUUCUUGUCUAAAAAGGCAUAUUGAAAAGAUACAUGAAGGAGUGAGAUAUUCCUGUGACAAGUGUGAUUUCACUGCACCUAGUACUUCUAGUCUAAAAAAGCAUAUUGGAAAUAAACAUGACGGAUACCCUUGUGGUGAUUGUGAUUAUGUGGCAACUCUAGCUAAAUCUCUCAAGAGACAUAUUAGACACAAACAUGAAGGAGUGAGAUAUCCCUGUGACCAGUGUGAUUACACUGCACCUAGUACUUCUAGUCUAAAAAAGCAUAUUGGAAAUAAACAUGAAGGAUACUCUUGUGGUGAUUGUGAUUAUGUGGCAACUCGAGCUAAAACUCUCAAGAGACAUAUUAACCAGAAACAUAUAGGAGUGAGAUAUCCCUGUGACCAGUGUGAAUACGCUGCACUUUGUACUUCUAGUCUAAAAAGGCAUACUGAAAAUAUACAUGAAGGGUUUAGAUAUCCCUGUGUUCAGUGUGAAUACGCUGCCACUUCUAUUAGUCAUCUGAAGAGACAUAUUAGAAAUAAACACGAUGAGGUCAGAUAUCACUGUAAUCAGUGUGAAUACUCUGCUACUUCUACAAGUCAACUGAAGAUACACAUUGAAUGUAAACACGAUGGAGUCAGAUAUCUAUGUAAUCAGUGUGAAUACAUUGCUACAUCUCCAGGUAAUCUGAAAAUACACAUUGAAUCUAAACACGAAGGAGUAAGAUAUCCAUGUGAUCAGUGUGAAUACACUGCUACUGCUAAAACAACUCUAAGGCUGCACAUUGAAAGUAAACAUGAAGGAGUGAGAUAUCCUUGUGAUCAGUGUGAAUAUAUUGCUUCUUCUAAAUCCUGUCUAUCGAGACAUAUAAAAAAUAAACAUGAAGGAGUGAGAUAUUCUUGUGAUCAUUGUGAAUACACUGCUUCUUUUAAAAGCUGUCUAAGGAAGCACAUUCAAAGUAAACAUGAAAGAGUGAGAUAUUACUGUGAUCAGUGUGAUCUCGUUGCCACUACAUUACCAGCUCUAAAGAUACAUGUUAAAAGUCAGCAUGAAGGAGUUAGAUAUCAAUGUGAUCAGUGUGAUUACGCUGCUCCUACAAUGACUGUUUUGAAGAAACAUACUAAAUAUAAACAUGAAGGAUUUAGAUAUCUUUGUUGUCAUUGUGGGGACGUUUCUUCUACUGCAAGUACUCUAAAAAGACAUAUUCAGGGUAAACAUGAAGGGGUGAGAUAUCCUUGUGACCACUGUGAUUACGCUGCUACUCAAAUAGGUGAUCUAAAGAAACAUUUAAAAAGUAAACAUAUGAAAUAAGAUUCCCUGUGACUACUGGGAAUAUGCUGCAACUGCAGAAGAUGGUCUGAAGUAACAUAAUGAAGUAAACUAUUCCUGUAAUUUUUAGCUUUUAAAUAUUGUAUACAUAUUUCGUUUUAUGUUGUUGAUGCAUAUUUUUACGCAAAACUCUCCCACUACAAGAAUUCAAGUUGGCUCGCAAUUAAUUUCAAAUAUGAAAUGUUCUUAAUUUCAAUGAAAAUGACAGAGAAUAUAAAAGAUGAGAAAGUAUUUAUCAAGGAAGACAUUUCUACUGAAGAGGAUACAAGUACUGAAUAUCUUAAGAAAGAAGACGUUAAAAUGAAAAUUAUUGAAAUGUAAGGUUGUCCUUUAAUUUUAUAAUUUUUUAAAUUUUAAAAAUUUUAUAAAAUUUCCAUAUAUUGCAGACAACAAGUGGUAUAUAUUGCAGACAACAAGUGGUAUAUGUAUUCUACUGAUCUAGAAAGAAUGGCAGAGAAUAUGAAUAAAGAAAAGUAUCCAUCAAGAAAGGAAUGCCCACUGUAGAGUGUCUAGAGGAUACAUUAACUGUAUAUUGUUUACAGGACGAAUGUCUACUGUAGAGGUUGCAUGUACUUUAUAUGUACGGGAAGAAAUAUCUACUGUAGAGAAAGCAUGUACUUUAUAUGUACUGGAUGAAAUAUCUACUGUUGAGAAAGCAUGUGUUUUAUAUGUACUGGAUGAAAUAUCUACUGUUGAGAAAGCAUGUACUUUUGAUGUACUGGAUGAAAAAUCUACUGUUGAGAAAGCAUGUACUUUUUAUGUACUGGAUGAAAUAUCUACUGUUGAGAAAGCAUGUACUUUUUAUGUACUAGAUGAAAAAGUAAAAGAGGAAUUUUCAGAAUUUCAAGGUAGUAUUUAUUGGAUCAUCUAUAUAUAUAUAUAUAUUAGUAGUUUUUGUUUGUUUAUCCGAUAAUGAUCCAUGAACACAUAGACCGAUUUUUUUCGAACUCUAAUUGGAGAAUUGAUAGAACGACUUACCUAUAACAGCCAAACCCGUCCUGUGGGUUUGAAGAUUUGUAUUAUGCUUAAUUUUGUUAAUAAAUGGCCUAAAAUUAGUGAAAUUAUGAAUUUUUUUUAACGUUCUUUUUAAAGCAUGGUGUUCAGUUGAGGUGCUUUCUAAACAAGACUUACAGAGCUGUUGGCACCCUUUUUCUAGCAACACUUUUAGCUUUUAUUGUUACUUUUUAUGUGUUCAUUAUACUAUGCAAAAACAACACUUCCCCGGAUUUAUUUUUGUCAUAAAUGCCGACAUCCGGACAAAGAUUUUCAAAUUUAACUGUUCAUAACCUUUCCAGGGGGUCAUGUGAGUUGCCAACAAAAUUUUGGCU